CAGGAGUAGGGGUCACAAGAGGAAUCUCCCCGAGACUCCUCCCUAAAGCAGGACCCGUGCAAUAACAUGGAGGGGACACUGUGUGAACAGCUGGUUAGAAUCGGAGGAAUCUGCCGGCAUACCUCGACAGAGCAGGGGAUAAAACAAAGGAGUUAUGAGGGAGACAUUGAUUGGGUAUCGAGUUUGCCCUAAGGAGUGGGAUCUCCACAAGCUUCGCAGUCGCAGCCUCAGCCAGGCCAGGUCGUGCCUCCCUCUCCUCAGUUGGCUGUCAGUUUUAUAUGCGCCUUUCUAAACACAUGUUCACAAUUGUUUUCGAAAGUUCACUGUUUGCAGGAUACAGGUCUGAUCUUUGAAGGGCAUUGCAAUUUUAUGGAUUUGUGAACCAGUACGUUUCAGACAGCUUUCUUGUCAGAGGAUCGGAAGUAUGUUCCACUCAGCCUCAGUUCGCAGUGUUGAAUGGUAGCAGGUGAUAUCAGAAAUCUACAUCGACACAGAGAAGGGCUCACGCUCCCAGAAAACAUAUUUACCCUGGGACACGAUCACUGCCUGUGCUUUCCUCAUUCAACUCGCGUGCCUCCAGAACGAGGUGGGGAAACCCGACCCCAGUUCGAAGCAGACGACACGCUGAUCAGUUGAGCGAGGAUUUCAAUACGCGCUGGUCGACUGACUUCAGCUGUCUGUCAUUUUCUCAUCGCAGCUAGCGGGAUUAUCGGACAUCCCGAGUGAGGGAAACACAAGGAACAGCAUUGCCACUCCCUGCAUACGUUGCUCUGGAUACACGGAAGUUUUUCGCAGGCGACAUAACUGGGUGUUCAACAUAUACGACCCUUCACUUGUUAUCAAUCCGGGGAGCAUUUGGUGUUUAUUGACGAAUGCUUGUGACUGAUAUCAUGUGUAGCCCGCGUGUCUAUAGAGGACUGUGUUUCUGCACAGAUGUACACAGAGAGUGAUUGUGGGCCCCCAGACUGGACUAGUGAGGGGUGCACUACAGUGGGGUAUUGUGAUUCGGUGGUAUCAGCUUUACUGUACACCCGCUGUGGAGGAGGAGGUUUGUGGAUGGAAACUUCUCCCACCAAGUCAACACGGUUGGUCGUCUGCUUGUCCAAACCGCAGUCGACAAAUAUCUGAUACGUCCAACGUUGACUCGAAAUGUGUAUUUAAACAGUUGAACUGUUUGUGGUGUUUUCACCUGUGUUUUCAACAACUUUUAAUUCAAGGCUCCGGCGAUUAAAAUCUUCCGACGCCCUUCGUGUAGGAUGUGUUAACUGUAAGGAAUUCUAUUCUAACUUGCUACUCGCCGUGCACUCAAAGUUGUGACGGAUGUGAUAUCAUUACCAUGAUGAGUGUACGAGACUGAUGAAUUCCAGCACACUCACUAUGAACUCCGGGGGCAAGGUCAAACAACCUGACAGCAAGAUUGUCGUCAUGGGCAAGCCCGGAGUAGGCAAAUCAGCGCUGGUUGUGCGUUUCCUCACCAAGAGGUUUAUAUGGGAGUACGACCCGACUCUAGAGUGCACGUAUAAACACCCCACCAACGUGGACGACGAGCCUGUUCUGAUGGAAAUACUGGAUACAGCUGGAAUUCAGGAGGAUACCAUACACAGGGAAGGCUCUGUCCGGUGGGCGGACGGGUUCGUGCUGGUCUACGCCAUCAACGACCGCCAGAGCUUUGAGGAGAUGGUUAAGAUGAAGGAGUACCUGGAUGACCUCAAGAAGACCAAUGUACAGUGUGUGCUCGUGGGCAACAAAGUCGACCUGCUACAUGAACGCAAGGUGGAGACAACUGAAGGCCAGACUCUGGCCCAAGAUAUGGCCUGUGCUUUCUUCGAGACCUCCGCUAGUGAUGGCGGCCCAGACAUUUCCGAACUAUUCCACGAACUACAUCGUGAAGUGCGGCGCAGGAAAAUGAUAGAGAACAAAGGCCGACGGAGAAGUAGUGCACAACAAGUCCGUCACGUAUUCAAUAGGAUGCUGAAUAAGAUAGGCAGCACUACAUGAAUGCAAGGGUUGUAGACACUCUUAACUGUGAUAAACUGUGAUGCAAGAGAGGAAGUGACGUCAUUGUCUGGGUCACGUGUCUCUGGGUAACGGCGAGAAGUGCUGGAAAGUCCUUUCCUGCCGAAGCGGGUGUUUUGACCCUUGUAUCCAGUGAAAAGUUGAACGUUUUCUGACGAAUUUAUGCUAUAUGUGGAUGAACAUCUGUGAUAAGUCAGAAGCGCUAAGAACGCAAGUCCUAUUCGUACCUACAGUGUUUCAAUGAUAACUGGUUCUGCUAGCUGCACCGAGGGCGAGGCACCUGUCCUCUUCCAACAAGUGAUCUUGGAGGUUGCCGUAAAGCACACAGCAUGGCAGUCGUAACGAAAUGACCCUUCUGUACAUGGUAAACGCGAAAGACAUACCCAGUGUAUAACACACUCAUGUACAUUGGUAGGCUUGGGGGUUGACGUGGAUGACACGUGUCACACUGAGCGAUGUUGACAACAAUGACACGCACCUGCGUUGAUCGGGUAGUUCAUGUGACCACACUGUCGACUUCAAAUGUAUGUACAUAUUGUCAGACGGUUUUCCUUUCGGGUCUUUUGUCAGAAGUUUUAUUUAUUUACGUCCAGAAUCAACUAGAAACAUUACACACGCACUGCACGUAGUGACGUCAUUGGCAAUGCGUGCAGACAAACAUUACACACGCACUGCACGUAGUGACGUCAUUGGCAAUGCGUGCAGACAAACAUUACACACGCACUGUACGCAAUGACGUCAUUGGCAAUACGUGCAUGUUGGACCAUGUGUAUUACCUUGACUGAUCAGGUGAGUUAACAUUCCUGCACGUGCAACAACCCAUGCUGUUCUUACUAUAUUACUGUAUACCAUGGCCAGACUCACGACGUAAUUAUGUAUAACCUAUGUGAACAAAUGUGUAUACCAAAUAUACAAUAAAAUAUUCAGACAAUA